CCACAAAUGGUAUUGCGCAGCCACUAUGCCUCGCGGCCCACCAUGAGGAUGGCCAAAGCGGAAUGGGCUCAGGGAAUCUGGAGGGUUUCGUACGUGUUGACCCGUUGAAACUGACGUACAUCGCUUUCAAGGCCGCCCCAUACUUUGAAAGGUCUAAGGGCCAAUCGAGCAGUUUGAACCACAAUUGACCCAAUCGUUGUCGAAGAGACUUGCGAAAUGCAGCUGCGGAACAUCAUCCACACCAAGCCACCUGCCAUCAUUACCUUCUUGCUACUAACGAGCCUCCCGCUCAUCGAUCCCACCCGGGUGGUGCGAUCUCUUUGCGCAACUCACCUUGGGAGGCGUCUAUUGCAAGCAGGCUCCAGCAGGACCUUCGUGGACAGUCUCUUCCAAAGGCUCUAUCACGCACUAUCCUCCACUUGCAUUCGCGUCCGCCUCUUAUUCCCAUUACCCGUGCGUUCACGAUACGAAUCAUUCCCCACACUAGAAGCAGAAACGAAAUAUUGGUGCAUUGCUGCUCGUUACCGACGCCACCUUGCCCAGUCUAAUGCUCGUCGGCCGCCGCAUGAGACAUCUGAGAUACCUCUCGUGUCGUAUUAUACCCCGCGUCUUCUGCCUCAAUACCGUGACGUUCGAUACUCCGACGAAGAAAGUGGUGCAUAUUCCAUAUCAGCCAAGACAUUUUGCAAGUGGCAUAGGAUGGUAUUUCGGGGGUCGCAUCACCCGACUCUUUCCCAGGCAGCUGCACGCAUCAAGUAUCACUCUUACAGAGACCUCCGAGAAAUUCACCGGAUAGCGCGCCUCUUGCCGGAUGAAGAAGUGUUCCGUGUGCGUCGCCCGUGGUCCCAAAAAUAUAGCAAAAUUUGGAAGCAAUGGCUGAACAACAAAGGUCCAGAUGUAGUGAUCGUGUUUGAGUGAUGUACUCUUGAUGUGCCAGCAAUUGCUGUAAUGCGGGUUGUAUGUAUGUCGUAGACGUGUCUAUGUACAUUUCGUUUGUUUACCUAUC